AUGACUGUCGUCCACGAAACCGUCCACGAGGCCAACAAUGUGGUCCCUCGGUCAACACCACAACAAUUCUACGAAAACAGACCAAAGAACAGACCUUACAUUGAUUCUGUCCAGGAAUACCAAAGAUUAUACAAACAAUCGAUUGAAAAUACUGAUGAAUUCUUUGGAAAGUACGCCAAUGAAAUGCUCUCAUGGGAUAAGCCAUUCAGUACUGUUCACUAUGGUUCUUUGAAGACCGCUGACAACGCUUGGUUCCUCAAUGGUGAAUUAAAUGCCUCUUACAAUUGUAUUGACAGACACGCAAUUGCUAACCCAGAUAAGCCUGCCUUGAUCUACGAAGCCGAUGAUGAAGCCGAUAAUGAAAUCAUCACUUAUGGCCAAUUGUUGUCUGAAGUUUCUAAAGUUUCCGCUGUGUUGAAAUCCUGGGGGGUUAAAAAAGGUGACACCGUCGCUGUGUACUUGCCAAUGAUCCCAGCCGCCGUCAUUGCCAUGUUGGCUGUUGCUAGAUUGGGUGCUGUCCACUCUGUGAUCUUUGCUGGUUUCAGUGCGGGUUCCGUAAAAGAUCGUGUGACUGACGCUGAAUCCAAGGUUAUCAUCACUUGUAACCAGGGUAAAAGAGGGGGUAAAUUGGUGCACACUAAGAAGAUCGUCGAUGAAGGGUUGGCCGAAUGUGGAGAUUUGGUUAAAAAGGUCCUUGUUUUCCAAAGAACCGCUAACGAUGUUCCAUUCACUGAAGGUAGAGACUUCUGGUGGCACGAAGAAACAAAGAAAUUCCCAGGGUACUUGCCACCAACUCCUGUCAAUUCGGAAGACCCAUUGUUUUUAUUAUACACUUCUGGUUCUACUGGUGCUCCAAAAGGUGUGGUUCACUCUACUGCUGGUUAUUUGUUAGGUGCUGCUUUGACCACUAAAUAUAUCUUUGACAUUCAUCCAGAAGAUGUCUUGUUCACUGCUGGGGAUGUUGGUUGGAUUACCGGUCACACUUAUGCCUUGUACGGUCCAUUGUGUUUGGGUACCACUUCCAUUAUUUUUGAAAGUACACCAGUUUACCCAGAUAUUGGCAGAUAUUGGAGAAUUGUCCAAAGACACAAGGCCACCCAUUUCUACGUUGCCCCAACCGCUUUGAGAUUGAUCAAGCAAAAGGGUGAAGCUGAAAUUGAUAAAUAUGACAUCUCCUCUCUUAGAACUCUUGGUUCUGUUGGUGAACCAAUUGCUCCAGAAUUGUGGCACUGGUACGAUGAAAAGAUCGGCCACGGUAAAUGUCACAUUAGUGAUACUUACUGGCAAACUGAAUCCGGUUCUCAUUUGAUCGCUCCAUUGGCAGGUGUCAUUCCAACUAAGCCAGGUUCAGCUACCGUUCCAUUCUUUGGUAUUGACGUUGCCAUCAUUGAUCCAGUUUCCGGUAAGGAAUUGGAAGGUAACGAUGUUGCUGGUGUCUUAGCUAUCAAGAAAUCUUGGCCAUCAAUGGCUAGAUCUGUUUACAGAAACCACGACAGAUAUAUUGACACCUACUUGAAGCCAUACCCAGGUUAUUAUUUCACUGGUGAUGGUGCCGGAAGAGAUCACGACGGCUACUACUGGAUCAGAGGUAGAGUUGACGAUGUUGUCAACGUCAGUGGUCACAGAUUGUCUACUGCUGAAAUCGAAGCCUCAUUAAUUGAUCAUACUGGUGUUACUGAAGGUGCCGUCGUUGGUAUCCACGAUGAUUUGACUGGUCAAGCCAUUGUGGCCUUCGUUGCCAUGAAGGAAGGUCUUUUGAGCCCAUCCGAUGCUGACUUCAACGAAAAAGAAUUGGCCUUGAGAACCGACUUGAGAAUGAAGGUUAGAACCGAAAUUGGUCCAUUUGCCGCCCCAAAGACCGUUAUUGUUGUCCAAGACUUACCAAAGACUAGAUCUGGUAAGAUCGUUAGAAGAAUCUUGAGAAAGAUUGUCAGUAAAGAAGCCGACCAAAUCGGAGAUAUCACCACUUUGGUUAACCCAGCUUGUGUUGAACAAAUCAUUGGUGCCACUAACUCCCAAUACUUGUCUCCAUCUAAAUAG